UCCCGAGAUAGUAAUUUAGCCAAUUGUAAGAUCAGAGUCUGAAGACAAGGGUGUAAUGGUCAGAGCGUUCAGUCUCCCCGAGGGGUUAACCAACUAGAAAUGAAAAGAAGAGGGGGGCAAAGGGAGAGAAGGAGCCUGAGGCAGAUAUGGAACGAUCUCUGCAGAGGAAUUACAAGAAAGUCAUUUAAGCCCAUUUCCAGACCUGCUCCGCUGGCAGGAUGGGAAAAUAAAUAAUCAGCGUCCUGGCCUGAGAGAGCUUCCUCGCGGGGAAGGGAAGGGCAGGCGGUGAAGAGGAGCUAAGCUUCUGAAGCGAUUUCCACAGAAAUGGGUUCUCCCCAGGGACUCGGGGGGGGGGGGGGGGGGAGGGCGGCAACGUGCGGGGUUGGGGGCGGGGGCGCCGAGGCUCCCACACCACCUGCUGCAGGCUCCGCUCCAAGGAAGACGAACUCAGCCCCGUGGCGUCCCGGGAGUAUUCAAGGCUUUGCGCUGCAAAUCCAGUGUUACCAAUGUGAAGAAUUCCAGCUGAACAACGACUGCUCCUCCCCCGAGUUUAUAGUGAAUUGCACGGUGAACGUUCAAGACAUGUGUCAGAAAGAAGUGAUGGAGCAAAGUGCGGGGAUCAUGUACCGCAAGUCGUGUGCCUCCUCAGCAGCCUGCCUCAUCGCCUCCGCUGGGUACCAAUCCUUCUGCUCCCCUGGGAAACUGAACUCAGUGUGCAUCAGCUGCUGCAACACCCCACUUUGCAAUGGGCCCCGGCCCAAGAAACGGAGCAGUUCUGCCUUGGCCCUGCGGCCGGGGCUCCCCACCACCAUCCUGUUCCUGAAACUCGCCCUCCUCUUGGCUCACUGCUGAAGUUGGAGAUGCUCAUCCCUCCUGCAUUGUCCUUCAGGCCCUUGCUCCCCCUGCUCCCCAAGCUUCUCCUGGGUGUCCUUUUUUUGUGGGUUGGGAGGGAGCGUAUUCUCUUUCAGUUCCUUUGCAAAUCAAAGAGCUCGGUGUGAAACAGUUUUUGUAAGCUCUGAAUAAAUUCAGUCUGACUUUUCA